CCCCGGGCCGGCCCCUGCCCGCCCGCUCCCCAUGGGCUGCGGGGCCGCGGGCCAUGGAGCGGUGCGCGGCCCGCCGGGCCCCAGAGGAGGAGCGGCGGGUGCGAGCCAACGCGCGGGAGUACAACGAGAAGUUCCAGUACGCGAGCAACUGCAUCAAGACCUCCAAGUACAACAUUGUCACCUUCCUGCCUGUCAACCUCUUCGAGCAGUUCCAGGAAGUGGCCAACACCUAUUUCCUCUUCCUCCUCAUCCUGCAGCUGAUCCCACAGAUCUCUUCGCUCUCCUGGUUCACCACCAUCGUGCCUUUGGUUCUUGUCUUAACCAUCACAGCUGUCAAAGAUGCCACCGACGACUACUUCCGCCACAAGAGCGACAACCAGGUGAACAACCGGCAGUCUCAGGUGCUGAUCAACGGAGUCCUCCGGCAGGAGCAGUGGAUGAACGUCCGCGUUGGGGACAUCAUCAAGUUGGAGAACAACCAGUUCGUGGCAGUGAGUUUGGCCCCAAGAUGAGCACGGCCCUGGCUGGGCAGCGUGCGGGGGACAUGGGUCUUUCUGCCCACGCUGCUUUCGUGCUCCUUUGUCAUCUCUUGGGGCUGAGACUGCGGGGUUUCCUGAGGCUGGAAGUUGCAUUUAGGCUGCGUUUGAGGUCUGGGGAUUUGUCUGACACGGGCACUUCAGGCAAUGGCAUCCCAGUCAGCUCCAGAGACCCUGCUGGCCUUAGCUUCUGUAGGGCAGGGCUGCAUCGGAGGGCCAGGAGCUUCCCCGAGGAAGGCAGAGGGGAGCCGCAGUGCCAGCGCAGCCCUUCAGCGUGUCUCUCCCGACAGGCUGACCUCCUCCUCCUCUCCAGCAGUGAACCCCAUGGGUUGUGCUACAUAGAGACCGCGGAGCUGGAUGGAGAGACCAACAUGAAGGUGCGACAAGCCAUCCCCGUGACCUCGGAGCUGGGUGAUACCAGCAAGCUGGCCCUGUUUGAUGGCGAGGUUAUCUGUGAGCCCCCCAACAACAAGCUGGACAAGUUCGGCGGGACGCUGUACUGGAAGGAGAACAAGUACCCCCUGAGCAACCAGAACAUGCUGCUGCGGGGCUGCGUCCUGCGCAACACGGAGUGGUGCUUCGGCCUCGUCAUCUUCGCAGGUCCCGACACGAAGCUGAUGCAGAACAGCGGCCGGACCAAAUUCAAGCGGACGAGCAUCGACCGGCUGAUGAACACGCUGGUGCUCUGGAUCUUCGGGUUCCUGGUGUGCAUGGGUGUGAUCCUGGCCAUCGGCAACGCCAUCUGGGAGCACGAGGUGGGCGUCUGCUUCCAGAUCUACCUGCCCUGGGACGAGGGAGUGCACAGUGCCUUCUUCUCUGGCUUCCUCUCCUUCUGGUCCUACAUCAUCAUCCUCAACACUGUGGUGCCCAUCUCGCUCUACGUGAGCGUGGAGGUGAUCCGGCUCGGGCACAGCUACUUCAUCAACUGGGACAAGAAGAUGUACUGUGCCAAGCGCCGGACGCCAGCCGAGGCCCGGACCACCACCCUCAACGAGGAGCUGGGGCAGGUGGAGUACAUCUUCUCCGACAAGACCGGCACCCUCACCCAGAACAUCAUGGUCUUCAGCAAGUGCUCCGUGAACGGGCACAGCUAUGGUGACGUGCAGGACAUGCUGGGUCACAAGGCAGAGCUGGGAGAGAGGCCAGAGCCGGUUGAUUUCUCCUUCAACCCGCUGGCGGAUCCACGGUUCCAGUUCUGGGACCCCAGCCUGCUCGAAGCUGUCAAGCUGGGGGAUCCCCACGUGCACGAGUUCUUCCGCCUGCUCUCGCUCUGCCACACCGUCAUGUCCGAGGAGAAGAGCGAAGGGGAGCUGUUUUACAAGGCUCAGUCCCCGGACGAGGGGGCGCUAGUCACGGCCGCCAGGAACUUCGGCUUCGUGUUCCGGUCCCGCACACCCAAAACCAUCACAGUGCACGAGCUGGGCCGAGCCAUCACCUACCAGCUGCUGGCUAUCCUGGACUUCAACAACAUCCGCAAGCGCAUGUCUGUCAUCGUCCGCAGCCCCGAGGGCAAGAUCCGGCUGUACUGCAAAGGCGCUGACACCAUCCUGCUGGAGCGCCUGCACCCCACCAACCAGGACCUGACGAAUGUCACCACUGACCACCUGAAUGAGUAUGCCGGUGAGGGGCUGCGGACGCUGGUGCUGGCCUACAAAGACCUGGAGGAGAGCUACUACGAGGACUGGUCUGAGCGGCUACACCGAGCCAGCGGGGCCCCCGAGGCCCGUGAGGAUCGCCUGGCUCGGCUUUACGAUGAGGUGGAGCACGAUAUGAUGCUGCUUGGAGCCACGGCCAUCGAGGACAAACUGCAGCAGGGGGUCCCCGAAACCAUCGCCAUCCUGACGCUGGCCAACAUCAAGAUCUGGGUGCUGACAGGGGACAAGCAGGAAACAGCUGUGAACAUCGGCUAUUCCUGCAAGAUGCUGACCGACGACAUGACCGAGGUGUUUGUGAUCACGGGCCACACGGUGCUGGAGGUGCGCGAGGAGCUCAGGAAGGCCCGGGAGAAGAUGAUGGAUGCGUCACGCUCCAUGAGCAAUGGCUUCUCCUACCAGGAGAAACUCUCCUCCACCAAGCUCACCUCGGUGCUGGAAGCCAUCGCGGGCGAAUACGCCCUGGUCAUCAAUGGGCACAGCCUGGCCCACGCGCUGGAGGCGGACAUGGAGGUGGAGUUCCUGGAGACGGCGUGUGCCUGCAAGGCCGUCAUCUGCUGCCGUGUCACGCCCUUGCAGAAAGCCCAGGUGGUGGAGCUGGUGAAGAAGUACAAGAAGGCCGUGACCCUGGCCAUCGGGGACGGCGCCAACGACGUCAGCAUGAUCAAGACUGCUCACAUCGGGGUGGGCAUCAGCGGGCAGGAGGGCAUCCAGGCGGUGCUGGCCUCCGACUACUCCUUCUCACAGUUCAAGUUCCUGCAGCGGCUGCUCCUCGUGCACGGGCGCUGGUCCUACCUACGCAUGUGCAAGUUCCUCUGCUACUUUUUCUACAAGAACUUUGCUUUCACCAUGGUCCACUUCUGGUUUGGCUUCUUCUGCGGCUUCUCGGCACAGACCGUGUACGACCAGUACUUCAUCACGCUGUACAACAUCGUCUACACCUCGCUGCCUGUGCUCGCCAUGGGCGUCUUUGACCAGGACGUGCCGGAGCAGCGGAGCAUGGAGUACCCCAAGCUCUACGAGCCCGGGCAGCUGAACCUGCUCUUCAACAAGCGGGAGUUCUUCAUCUGCAUCGCCCAGGGCAUCUACACCUCCGUGCUCAUGUUCUUCAUCCCCUACGGCGUCUUCGCUGACGCCACCCGUGACGACGGUGCCCAGCUGGCCGACUACCAGUCCUUUGCUGUCACCGUCGCCACCUCCCUCGUGAUCGUCGUCAGCGUGCAGAUCGGUCUGGACACAGGCUUCUGGACGGCCAUCAACCACUUCUUCAUCUGGGGCAGCCUGGCAGCCUACUUCGCCAUCCUCUUUGCCAUGCACAGCGAUGGCCUCUUCCAGAUGUUCCCCAACCAGUUCCGCUUCGUGGGUAACGCGCAGAACACCCUGGCGCAGCCCACCGUCUGGCUGACCAUCGCCCUCACCACUGUGGUCUGCGUCAUGCCUGUCGUUGCCUUUCGCUUCCUCAAGCUGGAUCUGAAACCUGAGCUCUCAGACACGGUGCGCUACACUCAGCUGGUACGGAAGAAGCAGAAAACCCAGCACCGCUGCAUGCGGCGCGUGGGGCGUGUGGGCUCGCGCCGCUCCGGCUACGCCUUCUCCCACCAGGAGGGCUUCGGGGAGCUCAUCAUGUCGGGCAAGAACAUGCGCCUCAGCUCCCUGGCGCUCUCCGGCUUCGCCGCCCGCCCCAGCGCCAGCUGGAUCGAGACCCUGCGCAAGAAGAAGGGCGGCGAGGGCAGCACCGCCUGCAGCCCCAGCGGCGCCGCUGACAAGACGCUCAAGGUGUGAGGCUGGGGGGGGGUCGCGUCCCCUCCCGUGCAGCCGGGGGGGGAGGGUCCAGCCAGCGCCAGCCUGUGGCCUCCCCCCGGCUCCUGUGCCCUCUCUCCACGCAGCCAUGAGCCAGGCCCCCUCCUGGGGGUUCCCUGGGGGGAGCAGGGGCCGUGCGGGCCCGGGUGCUGAGGUUUGGAGGAGGCUGGACUGUUGCAGUGUAACCAAAAAGAAAAAAAAUACAAAAGAAACUCUUCCCUGUCCCUGUGCUGGACAGAUGGAUGCUGGCCCCCGGCAGCGCCCCCCGCCCCCCGGGGCACUUCUCUAUCAGUAUUCACCUCCACAGCGUGCAAACACCCCGAUCACACGCGAAUGUAUCAUGCCAGAGCCACCACCACGGGCAGGGCGUGGGGGGCCUAGGGGGCAGCACCCUGCGCCCUGCCCGCUCCCCCCACCCCUCACCCACGUGUCUUCUUUUUAUAUAU